AUGAAUACAAUCAAGAAGAAUAUGAAGAAUUGUGAAGUGAAAAAGGAAGUAGAUCAGGACUGUGCACGGCGUCUCUUUAUACAUCGACAAAAAAAUGGCAUGCGGCAAGUGUCAUCGCACAAAAUCGCAGUCAGUACUUUGGCUUAUAUACGGAAAAUUGUAGGUUUUGGAAAGUACAACAGUGCUCA